UCUAUUAGACUGAUUACUGAACUUGUCAAACAUAUUUCUUGAAAUGAAAUUGUAAUGACAGACAACUCUUUCAAAAUGACAAUCGGUUAGUUGCAAAGAAUCCAAUGGAAAGCUCUGUUUUAAAUUAAUUAUUACAUAAUAAUAUUAAAUUGUCUGUAUGUGCUUUGGUUUUAAAAUGAGCGGAAAAGCGUUAACGCUAUUUAAAAGUCAUAUUGACGAUCAGGAGAAAAGUCGUACGCCGUUGUUGACACUACGGCUAGUGACGCUGAUAAUUGUGGUGGCAAUGCUGACAUCUCAUUUACGGUCAAUGAGAGUAUUCCGCUGGGAACACUCGGUAACAGGCGGUAUUCUAGUCACUUAUACCAUCGGGAUACUGGGACUGGCCUUAUGUGCCGCCGUCCACACUUGCAAGAGUUUGGCCUUUCAGGCUUAUUUAAGUGGAACGGGUUCGGUCCUGAUGGCUGUAAACGCUGUCGUAAUAUACCGUCGUUGGCGACACUCGGGUGACCUGACACGCGUGGUCGCUGAGCUACUCCAGGCUUUGGGUGUCCAGCUCAAACGACAGGUCAUCAUUAAAAUUUCCCUCAGCACCGCUGCCGCUGUACUUUUAUUAAUAGAUCUGUUUGUAGCUCCGUUUGUUAUGAAUAAAUGAUUAAAGUUUGCCAUAUUAUUGUGAAUCAUUAAAUUA